UUUUUCUUUUUUCUUCAGACGACCCCCAACUCCCAACAGCCGGAGGACAUAAGUUUGUUCGCAUGGACGACGGGCGAGGAGCGGGCUCAAAGCGGAAGACAAGUUGAGUGAAGUACUAAUUCAGCCGAUAUGGAAGCGAACGGCCUCGACAACAAGCCCGGCUUGGAGGGCGACACGGAUGUCCAGUUCCUCCUGCAGGGGGGCGACCUUCUCAAGGUGCGCUCCUCAUCCUGGAAGAAAAGCCGCUACUUUAAGCUCCAAGAUGACUGCAAGACAAUGUGGCGCGAAUCCAAGCGAAUCUUCAAGAGGCACCGGACCUUUUCCAUCGACGACAUUGCGGCGGUGCGGCGGGGCCGCCAGACGGAGGGCUUGAAGAAGUACACGGAGCAGCAGGAGGAGAGCUGCUGCUUCUCCAUCGUCUUCAAGGUCCCCGGUAAGAACCUGGACCUCAUCGCCAGCUCUGAGGACGAGACCAAGCAGUGGGUCAGCAGCUUGCGGAAAAUGAUCGACAGCAGGAACAACCUCAACCAGCAGCAGAAGUCUGAACACUGGAUUUUCAGCUGCAUGAGCAAAGCAGACAAGAAUAAAGAUGACAAGCUGAGCAUGUCCGAGGUCAAGAAGUUCAUGCGCCUCAUCAACAUCGAUGUGGAGGACAGCUAUGCAGACAUGCUCUUUGAGAAAUGUGACAAAUCCAAGUCGGGAUUCCUGGCUGGAAAGGAGAUCCAACAUUUCUACGACCUGUUGACCUACCGGGAGGAAAUCGACGUAAUCUACCAGGAGUACGCCAAGUCUGCCGGCGUCAUGAGUCCUGAGGACCUAGUGGAGUUCCUGAUGAAAGAGCAGAGAGGGAAGGCAACACUGGAGGACGCCAACAAGAUUAUUGACAAGUUUGAGCCGGAUGAAAAAGCCAAGGCAAAGAAUGUGUUGAGUAAAGACGGCUUCCUCAUUUACCUGCGCCAUCCUGACGCCUUGAUCAUGGACCCAGAGCACAAGGAGGUGUACCAGGACAUGAGCCGGCCUCUCAACCACUACUUCAUCUCCUCCUCACACAACACCUACUUAAUGGAGGAUCAGCUGAAAGGUCCUAGCAGCACGGAGGCUUAUGUCAGGGCUCUGGUGAAGGGCUGCCGCUGUGUGGAGCUGGACUGCUGGGAUGGAUCAGACAACGAGCCGGAGAUCUACCACGGCUACACGCUCACCUCCAAGAUCCUCUUUAAGGACGCCAUUAAAGCCAUCAAGGAGUUCGCCUUUAAGACUUCUGAAUACCCGGUCAUCCUCUCCCUGGAGAACCACUGCAGUGUGGAGCAGCAGAAAGUCAUGGCCCAGCACUUGAGUUCCAUCCUGGGCAGCGCCUUGGUCACGUCACCCCUGGGUGACGGCAUGCCUACAGACUUCCCCUCCCCUGAGGAGAUGAAGAGGAAGUUCUUGAUCAAGGCCAAGAGGUUGAACAAACUGGAGGCCGUUUUUGCUUCCGAGGCGACAGAGAUUGAUGACGCUGAAGUUACAGAAGAAGACGAAUCUGAUGAUGAUGAGGAACCGGAAGAAGAAGAAAAGCGUAAGAAGAAAAAGAAACUGAAGCUAGCCAAAGAGCUGUCCGACAUGGUGAUCUACUGUAAGAGCGUCCACUUCCACGGCUUCGACGAUGCCAAGAAAAACCUGAGCUUCUACGAGAUGUCGUCCUUUAAAGAAAAGAAGGCAGUUGCCCUUGCAGAGGAGACGGCGAACGCGUACAUUCGUCAUAACGCGGACAAGCUGAGCCGGGUCUAUCCUGCAGGCUCCAGGGCCGACUCCUCCAACUACAACCCUGUGCCUCUGUGGAACGCCGGCUGCCAAAUUGUGGCUUUAAACUUCCAGACCAGCUGCCCGGACAUGGACUUGAACCAGGGCAGGUUCCUUGCCAACGGAAAGAGCGGCUACAUCCUGAAGCCCACCUACAUGAGGAGCACGGCCACGGACUUCGACCCCAUCACUCUGACCCGAGGAGACUGGCUCAGGCACAAGACGCUCCAUGUGAUGGUGAUAUCGGCUCAGCAGCUCCCCAAAGUGAACAACAAGUCGUCGUCCAUCGUGGACCCGCUGGUGAAGGUGGAGGUCUACGGCGCGCCGGCUGACGUGGCGGUGAAAGAGACCAGUACGGUUGAAAACAACGGCUUCAACCCGGCAUGGAAUGAGAAUUUCCAGUUCGACAUCUACGUCCCAGACCUGGCCCUGGUGCGCUUCCUGGUGCAGGACCACGACUCCACGUCUGAUAACGAGUUUGUGGCGCAGUACACACUUCCUUUCAACAGUUUGAAGAUGGGCUACAGACACGUGCCUCUGCUCAAUAAAAAUGGCGACGUCGUCCCCGCAGCUGCACUUUUUGUACACAUCAUGGUCGUGGACGCCGAGUGAAGACGCCAUCAGCCGCCAUCUUCUGCCAUUAUGCUGUUUUUUUCCCAACAUGUUUUGCUUUGUCAGCAUAAUUCCAGUGGAGUAAUCUUCUAAAGGAGGGUGACAUGAUGCAAGUGUGUACCUUCCUUUUUAAUCCUUUGUCCUAUUUUAACAAUUCACAGUAAACAUAAUAUAAUAUUU